AUGCUGCAGGAGGUAGCGCAGUGGCUGCCCCGCGCCGACGCGCGCCGCGCGCGCCUCGUCUGCCGCGCAUGGCGCGGCGCCCUCGCGGGCCUCGCCACGGCGGCCGCGACGCCCGCGGAGGCCAGCACCGUCACGCGGUGGCGCGCCCAGCUGGAGGCCAUGGUGGCCAGCCUGCCCUGCCUGCGCGAGCUCACCGUGGGCAGCCGCCUGUCGGACGUCGGCGCGCAGCAGCUCGCGGCGCUCGCGGGCGUCCCGCAGCUGCGCAUGCUGCGCAUCCCGCAUGGGCAUGCGCUGCGCGAUCGGGGAGUGCAGACCAUCGCCCAGCUGACUCAGCUCAGGGAGCUCCAGAUCCUGGGCGCCAACGCGCUGACCGGCCGCGCGCUGUGCGCGCUGAGCAUGCUGGGUGCGAACCUGCGCGUGCUCGACCUGCGCGGCUGCGGAAAGGUCUCCUUUGCUGAGCUGCGGGACGCGUGGCUCGCGGUCUGCAGCGCCUACACUGCCGCGGCGGCCGCGCGCACGCACCGCGCGCGCGGUGCCAGCGGCGACGGCGGCAGCGGCGGCGGCGGCGGCGGCGCCUGCGGCCACGGCGGCGGCAUCCUGGCCGGACGCCCCAGCCUGCAGCAGCUGCUGCCGGGCGGCGCGGAGGUGCUGCAGCGGCAGCGCACGGCGGGGGCAAACCGGCUGGCGCGGGGCGGGCUCUGCGCGCGCGACCGGCUGCCGGCUGGUGCUGGGCGCCACGGUGGACGCGGCAGCAGCGGCGGCGGCGGGCGUGGGCGCGGGCGCCGCGUGGGCAGCGACAGCGGCAGCGGCGGUCCCGUGGUGCGCGUCUUUGUCCGCCGUCGCAACAGCACCGGGAGCAGCGUGCUCACGCGCAGCCCCAAGGGCCGCGGCAGCAGCCGCAGCGGCGCCGGCAGCGGCCAGGGAAGCCGGGACAGCAGCGCGGGCGGCGUGUGGCAGCACGGGGCUGCCAAGGGCGGCGGCACUGCGGGCGAUGGCGCGAGCUGUGGCGAGGGCAAGCCCGCCAAUGCGGCAGCGGUCCACGCGGCGCCCAGCGGCGCGGACAAGCUGAGGGUGUCGCGAGUCGCGGCGCUCAAGAUGGGCGCCCGCCUGCCGCGCCAGCUCUCGGGCGGCGCGGCGGCGACGGGGGCGCCGCUGCCGCAGCACGGGCGCCUGCAGGGCAGCAUUUUCAAGCAGCCCGCCCACCAGCAGCCCGCGGCUUUGACAGACCUGCCGGCUGAGGCCGGCGGCGGGGGCGGCGGCAACGCGGCGGCCAAGCAGCCCACCACGUUCGCAGACGCGUACGCGACCAUCGUCGCGAAACAGGCCACCAGCGUCGCCGCGCUGUACGCCGCCGCCGCCGGCCCCGGCGCGCUGCCUGCGCCGGGGGCGCUGGGGCGCGGUCUCGCGCUCGGCACCGCGCGGCGGGGCGCGGGCGGGGCCGGGGCCGGCGUCUACAAGCAGAGCUCCACUGUGCAGGCCGCGCUGCUCGCACUGCUGCGGGCGGAGGGGCGCCGGUCCGGGGGCGGGGCCGGCCGGCGGGGCCACAGCUCCGGCGGCGGCGGGGCCGCGAGCCGGCUGGCGGAGGCGGGCGGCGCGCGGGCCAGCAGCUGCGGCGGGGACGAGGAAGGCCGCGGCGCGGGGCAGGGCGGCAGUGCCCCCGCCCACCGGGCCCGCAGCAGCAGCGGCGGCGGCGGCGCCGCGGCGCUGCCGAUGCCCUUCCCGCACCUGCACACGCUGGCGUUCAGCUGCCAGGACGGCGGCAGCGGCGGUGCGUCGCCGGCGGCGGAGCUGGCUGCGGUGGCGGCGAUCUGCAGCCUCACCAACCUGGAGGUGGCGCGCUGCCAGCAGGUCCCUGGAGAGGCCCUGGCCUGCCUCUCGUCGCUCACGCGGCUGGCGUCCCUGAAGCUCUCGGGCCUCUGGUCCGCGGGCGACCGCGGCCUCGAGGCCCUCGCCGCGCUGCGCGGCCUCACGGCGCUCGCGCUGCACCACCCCAUGCGCGCGACCGGCCGCGGCGUCGCGGCGCUGGCCGCGCUCUCGCGGCUCGAGGCGCUGUCGCUGUCGGUGUCGCAGGACCUCGGGCACGGCGCGGUCGCGCGGCUCGCGCUCGCGCUGCCGAGGCUGCGCGCGCUCGAGGUGUCGUGCCCCGGCUUUGGCGACGCCUGCUGCGAGGCGCUCGCCGGCGACGCUGCGAAGCGGGCGGCGCUGACCAGCCUCAAGCUUCACGGCGCGGCCGCGCUGACCGCGCGCGGCCUCGCCGCGCUGCGCGCCGCGCCGGCGCUCGCCGCGCUCGCGCUCGACGCGUGCGGCGGCGUCGCGAGCGGCGGGCUGCUGGCACAGGGCGCGCUCGCGCCGCGGCUGCGCUCGCUCGCGCUGCGGCGCGCCGACUUUGCCAACAUGUUUGCCGGCGGCGUGCUCGAGCGGCCGGCGUGCGCGGCGACGCUGCUGCAGCUCGACCUCAGCGGCUGCGCUGACCUGGCGGACAGGGAGCUGCGGAAGGUGGCCGGGUUCCUGCCGAAUCUCGAGGAUCUUACGCUGACAGGGUGCCCCGCGGUCACAGACGCCGGGCUGUCGUCGCUCUCGUGCCUGCGCGCCCUCCGCGCCCUGUCCGCCGGCGGCACCCGUGCGGCCGGCGCGUUCGCCGAGGCGCUCGCGCCGCUGCCCGGCCUGACGUCCCUGUCGCUGCGCGGCUGCGGCGCGCUGACGGAGGCGGCGGUGCGGCUGCAGCUGCCGCUGCUGGCGGGGCUGCAAGUGCUGGACCUGUCAGAGUGCCGCGCGGCGACGGACGUGGGCGUGCUGGCUCUCGCGGGGUCCCUGGCCAGCCUGGGGCUGCUCAACCUGCAGGGCUGCAAGGGCGUGACGCGCCAGGUGCUGCCGUUUGUCCCCCACUGGCUGCGCCUGCUGCACAGCAUGGGGUGA